CUCCAACCUGAAGUGGAGAGGGCUUGAGCACAGGCAGGCUUGGACUCAGAGGGGUGUGAAUGGAAGGUGGGACCGCACUCAGGAAGCUUCUGACAGCUGGACCAGCGGGGGACCUCCCUCUUUUGCCCUCUUGGCUGCAGGCCCCCAGGGACUGAGCUGCCCCACCUGGGGGUCGGGGUUGGGGAGAGGGAGGAUAUCUGAGGAUGGGGAUGGCUCCCUGGCUUUGGGAGGCUCUGGCUUGAGGCCACCCCAGCUUCUCCAAGGCUCUGGCCCCAGCUCUGUCCUGCCAGGUCCAUGGGGGAGCUGACAGCUUUAUCUUUUCCCCUGCGGCCAGUGGCCCGCAGUUUCCUGCCAACGACUCCUGUUUCCGGAGGCCCAGCAGGGCCCAGGCGGAGCCAGGAGGGGCAGCAGGGCCGGGCCUGGGUGGCCCCACCGGCCCCGCCCCCAUCUAUCUUUGGGAAUUUAUUUGUUCACGGGCACGGGCUGGCCUGCAGUCCAUCGUCUGCAGGGGCCAAGAGCUGAUCUGACCACCCAGGGACUCUCCCUCCCCACCCACGCAUCUCCAGCUGACCUCUGACUCCUGACCUCUGGCCCUGCCUGCCUUGCCCUUCUCUUCCCAAGGAGCUGGGAAGCCCCCAGAAGCUCAGCUGCAGACCUGGGUGUCGACACCCAGCUCACCGUGAGCGCAAAGGCUGUGCAGGGGGCACAGUUCUCAGCCCCCUCCCCAGCCCACCAUGGCACGGCGGCUCCAGGAUGAGCUGGCCGCCUUCUUCUUUGAGUACGACACUCCCCGAAUGGUGCUGGUUCGUAACAAGAAGGUGGGCCUCGUCUUCCGCCUGAUCCAGUUCGUGGUUCUAGUCUACGUCAUAGGGUGGGUGUUUGUCUAUGAGAAGGGCUACCAGACCUCCGGCGGCCUCAUCAGCAGUGUGUCUGUGAAACUCAAGGGCCUGGCUGUGACACAUUUCCCAGGACUAGGCCCCCAAGUCUGGGACGUGGCCGACUAUGUCUUCCCAGCCCAGGGGGACAGCUCCUUCGUGGUCAUGACCAAUUUCAUCGUGACCCCCCAUCAGGUGCAAGGAUACUGUGCAGAGCAUCCAGAAGGGGGCACAUGCAAGAGUGACAGCGGCUGCACCCCCGGGAGGGCCCAAAGGAAGGCCCAAGGCAUCCGCACAGGCAAGUGUGUGACCUUCAACAUGUCAGUGCAGACGUGUGAGAUCUUCAGCUGGUGCCCCGUCGAGGUGGACGACAAUGUCCCACGCCCUGCCCUUCUCCACGAGGCCGAGAACUUCACCCUCUUCAUCAAGAACAGCAUCAGCUUUCCACGCUUCAAAGUCAACAGGCGCAACCUGGUGGAGGAGGUGAAUGACACCUACAUGAAGACCUGCCUCUAUCACAAGACCAAGCACCCACUGUGCCCCAUCUUCAAGCUCGGCUAUGUGGUGCAAGAGUCAGGCCAGAACUUUAGCACCCUGGCGGAGAUGGGCGGGGUGGUCGGCAUCACCAUCGACUGGGACUGCGAUCUGGACUGGACUGUGAGGCACUGCAAGCCCGUCUACGAGUUCCAUGGGCUGUACGAGGAGAAGAAUCUGUCUCGAGGCUUCAACUUCAGGUUUGCUAGGUACUUUGUGGAGAACGGCACCAACCACCGUCAUCUCUUCAAGGUGUUUGGGAUCCGCUUUGACAUCCUGGUGAACGGGAAGGCUGGGAAGUUUGACAUCAUCCCUACGAUGACCACCAUCGGCUCCGGGAUUGGCAUCUUUGGGGUGGCGACAGUUCUCUGUGAUCUGUUGCUGCUCCACAUCCUGCCCAAGAGGCACUACUACAAGCAGAAGAAGUUCAAGUAUGCGGAGGACGUGAGGCCAGGGGCGGACGAGCGAGACCCCGCAGCCACCAGCUCCACCCUGGGCCUGCAGGAGAACAUGAGGACAUCCUGACCCUCAGCCAUGACUCCUGACUGGAUGCAGCAUGAGGCUUCCAGCUGGGGCUCUGGUGGGACCCCAGCCAGGGCAGAGGGGGCUCACCAGGAGCUCUCCUGCCCUCUCAGCCAGGCAGAACCAGUUGCCUGCAGCUCAGGAUGGACACUGGAAGAAACCUGUGCAGUUCUGGGCACUGGCUCCAACUCUGCACACCCCCAAUGCAGCCCCAGUGCAGCCCCAGCCACUCCUGGCCAGGAAGGGCUGGGCUGGCAGGGUCCCGCCUACACCUGUCCCCUGGCUUUGUGCUUCUUUCUCUGGGUCCUCAUCAUCCACCCACUGCCUCCAGAUCUGCGCUGUCCAAUAUGAAAGCCACCAGGCACAGCUGGCUAUUUACAUUUAAAUGAAUUAAAAUAGAAUAAGAUUUAAAAUUCAGUUCCUCAGUUGAACUAGCCACAGUUCAACUGCUCAGUGGACACGUGUGGCUAGUGGCUGCUGUGCUGGACAGCACACAACAUUCUCAUCAUCACAGAAAGUUCUACUGGGCAGCUCUGCUUGCACCCUGUUUCUCGCUGGCCUCUGAUUUCCAUGAGGAUUUUAUCAGUGGUGCAGGUACGUGGGCCCACCAAGACCUUCUGAACCAGAGCCCCAGGGGCUGGGCUGCACAAUCUGCACGGUCAGCAAACUCCUCAGAACAUUUUAAAACCUAUGUUUAAGAACCUCUGCCCUAGAACUUUCCGACUCUAAGCCCCUGCUCAGAUGUCAGACACCACCUGGACCUGUAUCUCUUGGCAGGUGCAGGCAUUGAGCGGGGUCUCAGGUACUUUAGCAGGUGUAUGGUUUGCCCACAUACCACAUGGUGUCAUGCACACACACAAACAUCCCUCACCUACAGGUGCAUAUCCCAUGGGCACCCCAGGCCCCCAUCCUCCCAUCCACACUGUGGAUCUGCGAAGCUAGGCCCCUGCAAACACACUCAUCUGAGCACACGCACAUCCUCAAGCACCGAAAUAUGGUCCGUGCCAUGUCACCUCUGUGGGGAAAUGCUCUCCAAUGUAUCACACCAGGACAGCUCCUUCUGACCACGAACCCUUACUCAGCUACCUCGGUUGGGCUGGGAGCCUUGGCCAGAUCCUGGGCUCUCUGCCUGUGGCCCAGCUCCAGCUCCCAAGGCCUGCCUGGCUCUGUCUGAACACAAGGUCUGGGGAAAGCAAGGGGUGGAGCACGAUAAAAAGAAUGGUGAUAAACUUCUGCCUUCUGUGUGUUCUUCCCUGCCCUCUCUGAACCUCAGUGUGCCCAUCUGUGAAACGGAAAACUGAGCUGAGCAAUCUCUGAGGUCCUUCCAACUCUGUUGGGGACAGACAGGGGUGAGCAAGGGGUCAUCAUGAGCCUGCUUUUAUACCCUGAACCCAGCAGGAUCAGUACCAGGGGGCCAGCUCACCUGGCACAGCCCUGAACAUUGGGGCUCUUCCCCAAGCUUCCAAAGGUCCCUCCCAUGGCUCUGGGAAGCCAGGCCCUGGGACUAGCAGAGAACCCCAGGAGAGGUCUCUUAAAGGCAAGGGUGAGAAGGAGCCUGGCUGUCCUAGGAGGGAGUUUGGAGGGACUCCCAAAGAAGGGAGGAAGGCCUUGACUGGAGGUAGUGUGGAUGGAUUCUCCAGGGCCCCUGCUGUAGGCAUCACCUCUAGGUCUGGACUUACAGGCCCAGGUGGGGGCCUGAGGGCACCCCACCCUCACCAUGCUCUGUCUAGACCAGGGCUAUCCAUCUGGACUUUCUGCAAUGAUAGAAAUAUUCUCUGGCUGUGCUGACCAACACAUUAGCCACUAGCCACAGGAGGCCAUUGAGCACUUGACAUGUGGCUAAUGUAGCUGAGGGACUGAGUUUUUAAUUUUAUUUACUCUUAGGUAAUUUAAACAACACACAUGGCCAGUGGCUACCACAGGCUAGACCCUCUCUUCUCCCUCAGGCCCGUGGCAUCUGCCCAAGAACCAUUCCUCAGAUUUUAGGAGACAGGAAUUCCCUCUUCCUCCUUUCCCUCUUUCUCCAAAUCUACCUGCUUUUGCUCCUCCUGCCUCCUUCCGUCUUGAAUGAGCAGAAAAGGAUUCAUCUUCUCUAUUCCACUUCUUUGACCAGCCCAGAGACCUUCCCACAGAGGCUGUCUCUUCUUUCUCCUGAGCCUGUAUUUCCUCCCCUUUUCUGUCUCCUUCUUGCCCUUGUUCCCCUGCAGCCAUGCCUGCUCUCCUUUCACCACCACUUUUCAGAAAGUCCAGCCUAACUUACACUUCCCUUCGUGUCCUCACCCUCUGCCAAUUGGCCUCCACCUUUGCCACUUCUCCUAGAUGCCAUUGCCAAGGUCACUAGCCAAAUCCAAGUGGACACUUUGGCCCUUAUCCUGCUGGUCUGUCAGGAUACUGUUGACUAAUCCUCUUUGUUGAAAGAUUUCCUUCCAGCAGCUCCUAGGAUCCAACCUUUCCUGUCCGCCUGGUGUGGAGGGAAAACACAGGCUUGAACUGUGGCUCAGCCACAGCUCAGUGGGUGUCCUUGGGCAAGUUGCUUAACUCUCCAAGCCUCCCCUGUGAGUCAGGGAUAGUAAUAGCCUCUUCUAGGACUGGGGUGAGUUAAAGUCUGUAAAGUGCCUAGCACAGAGUCUGGCACACAGUAGUGUUUUGCCCCUCAAUCUAAUCACCCUGUCCAUGGUGAAGUCAGUUCCCGCAUGUCUAUUGUCCCUGGUUCUUGGCUGGGCAUGUGGCUGCCCAGAAUGAAGGGUGCAUUUUCCAUCCUCCUCUUGCAGCUGGGUCUGGUCAUGUGACUGAGUUCUAGCCAAUGGCCUAUAUGUGGAGGUGUCAUGUGGUAGCUUCCAGGAACUUUCCUUAAAAGAGAGCUGGUGCAGAUCCUUUGCCCUAUUCUUGAUCUUUUUCUCUACCUCACUGCUUGGUAUAGGUAUGUGAUGGCUGGAGUUCUAGCUGCCAUGGUGGAUCAUGAGAACAAGAGCCAUACCCAGAGGUUGCCAGAGCAGUGAGUAGAAGCAGCCCAAAUCUGGAAGGGCUUUAUGGAGCAGAGCUGCCAUACCAGUCUAGAACUGCCUGCCUUCCUCCAGGCUUUUAUGUGGGAUUUCUGUUACCCCAACCAAAUCUGAUCCUACCUGGUAAAGAAUCCUCUCCCCCUUAAAUGCAAGUGUUCCUAGAGUUCCUGCUUUGUUUGCUC